UCGCAUUCAGCUAGGUGCGCCGACUAGCUUUCAGACCCUGGAGAGGAAAGCAAGCUAACUAAUCAACCAGUGAAGGAUCGAGGAAUUGGGUUCGGCAACAAAUGCCUGCUCACUUCAGGUGGGGUGGAGGUGGAAGGCAAACUGUUUUGCGGCUUUGGUCCCCAACGCCAUUUCCCUCGACACCUUUCACAACACGUCGUUUCAUUUGCUUUCUUCGACCUACCUUUCGUGGUGUGUGGAGAGGAGGAUAGUGGAAGCAGCAGCAGCAGCGAUUUCGAGUCAGCAGGAUCUUGGUAUCACGAGGUACGUUCCCGUCGACGGAUCAGCACGAGCGCAGCGCAAUCGAACCGCGAUCCAGCCUUUUCCCUUCCCGUGAAAAGUUUUCGAAGCAGCCACUGUACCACCGAGAAGCUUUCUGCACGCGCGCUCACGACAAAACCUCCGCAGAAGAACAUAGAGUCUGACUCGUACAUUGUCAUAGUUGAAAAUUGGCAGUGAGGAUGUCGUCUCUUUCGCGCCGAGCAUGCUACAAGUGCGGCAACGUUGGACACUAUGCCGAGGUUUGCUCCAGCAGUGAGCGCCUGUGCUACAACUGCAAGCAGCCAGGCCAUGAGAGCAACAACUGCCCGCACCCAAGGACAACUGAGACGAAGCAGUGCUACCACUGUCAAGGACUCGGCCACGUCCAAGCCGACUGCCCAACUCUGCGGUUGAGCGGAGGCGCUCGUGGUGCCGGCAACUGCUACUCGUGCGGUCAGGCUGGCCAUCUCGCACGUAACUGCCCGACUCCCAACGCUGCUCCCGCUGCUCCACCUGCCGGUCGUGGUGCUGGUGGACCAGCUCGUGGCGGAUAUGGUGGCGGUUUCCGAGGUGGUUUUGCCGGUGCCAACCGUGCUGCGACUUGCUACAAGUGCGGUGGUCCAAACCACUUUGCUCGUGACUGCCAGGCCCACGCCAUGAAGUGCUAUGCUUGCGGCAAGCUUGGCCACAUUUCCCGUGACUGCACUGCGCCAAAUGGCGGUCCAUUGAACAGCGCUGGCAAGACUUGCUACCGCUGCGGCGAGGCUGGCCACAUCAGCCGCGACUGUCCAUCUGCUGAGCAAGUCAACGGUACUGCAGUAAAUGGCGAGGUCGCUCCAGAUGCUGCUGUGCAGCCUGAGCCAAUCGCUGCUCCUGUCGCGCCCACCCAGGUCGUGGCUUAGGACUUCACUUCAAAAAUACUGGUUGCGUUCCACCUGGCCAACGGUCAACGCGACCACCCACGAAAGCUUUUCUUCUGGCCAACACGAUUCUCAGUCUCUUAGUGAUUCAGCAAACCAGGAAAUCACCUCUACUCUCAAUCAAGCGUUCGAACGAUCUCACGACCAACGACACCAUUUCCAAAAGUAGUUUCCUUUACGACCAUUCACGACCCAGCAUAUACCUUAUACCCAGAAGCCGAGCAGAUUUCCAAGAUCAGGAAUCAGCGGAGCAAUCGACGCGAAUGAUGGCAAGACGCCGGUGAUGAAAGCCUUCGUCGAUGUUGCGGGAAGACGGGGGCACGGUAGUCGCAUUUUGUGGGAGGUAGGCAAGCAUUGAGAUGGGGGCCGGCAGCGGGCGGAGCGAGCGAAGUCUGGUGGAAUGUGGUUGUUGACGUGUGAGAGAGCUCGAUACAUGGACAAAUCAGUCGAUCACAUCCUCCCAGGUCCUGCAUGUCCGCGUUGUAUAUUGUCCCAUUCGUUCUCCUGAUUGACUCACAGGGCAAAGCAACCGAAGCGCAGUGAUUGUGAGGUUGACCUCUUGCAGUGAGGCUGCGUGCUUCUCUUGUGGCGGCUUGUCGGCUUUGCGGUAUGCGACUUCCUCGGACGGUUCCCACACAGACAGAGCAGGCACGACUUCAUCCCGGACGCGCACCUUCCACAACCACUGCGGCCAC